AUGGCUCCAACAUUUUGGCAUUAUCUGUAUGGCUCAAUCUCAACAAGUGAUAUUCAGCAUCCAAACAGGUUAAUUAUCAUGUUUAGCAUAUCAUUCACCUUCAUCAUCCUGAUCCUCUCAGCAGCAUUAACGCUGAGGAAGAACAAGAAGAAGCAGCGUUUGCGGCUACCCCCAGGGAGCUUCGGGUGGCCGAUACUGGGAGAGACCCUGGAAUUCCUGAACAAGGGCAAAGCCGGAGAACCCGACGCCUUUGUGAAGGAAAGGAUGCACAGAUACGGGGGGACACAGGUGUUCAAGACGUCGUUGACGGGGAACAAGGUUGCGGUGCUGUGCGGCCCCGCGGGGAACAAGUUCUUGUUUGGCAACGAGAACAAGGUGGUGCAGCUGUGGUGGCCGCUGUCGGCGAAGAAGCUGCUGGGGAACGGGUUGUCCAAUCGGGUAGGGGAAGAAGCCCGGCGGGUGAGGAAGAUGGUGGGUUAUUUCGUCAGCCCGGAUGCGCUGAUGAGGCUCUAUAUCAACACCGUGGAUCAGGUCACCCGUCAACAUCUCAACUCUCACUGGGCAGGUAAACAAGUGGUGAAGACAUUUCCAGUGAUCAAAUCCUACACAUUUGAACUCGCAUGUCGCCUCUUCAUGAGCCUUGAAGACCCUCACCACAUUGCCAAACUGGCUUCCCUUUUCAAUGUCUUCCUCAAAGGUGUCAUCAGCAUCCCUCUCUACAUCCCCGGCACCCGGUUUUACCGUGCCUCCAGGGCUACAUCCACUGUCCGCAAAGAACUCUCCCUCUUACUCCAACACCGACGAUCCGCCCUCCUUUCCAAAACUGCCUCCCCUUCCCAAGAUCUCUUGUCCCAUUUGCUCGCCUCUCCUGAUGACCACGGCAACUUCAUGUCCGAAUCCGAGAUCAUCAACAACGUGCUGCUGCUUCUUUUUGCUGGUCAUGACACUUCCAGUGUUACCAUCACGCUGCUCCUCAAGACACUUGGCGAACUGCCUCAUGUUUAUGAACACGUCCGUCAAGAGCAACUCGAGAUUGCUUCCUCAAAAGCCCAAGGCGAGUUCCUGGGGUGGGAGGACAUCCAGAAGAUGAAGUACUCUUGGAAUGUUGUGUGUGAAGUGAUGCGACUGUGGCCACCAAUUAUGGGAGCAUUUAGAGAGGCAUUGGUUGAUUUAAACUAUGCUGGAUAUGACAUUCCCAAAGGAUGGAAGCUAUAUUGGACUCCGGCUUCAACACAGAAAGAACCUGAUUUGUUUCCCGACCCUACGAGGUUUGAUCCAUGUAGAUUUGAGGGAGCAGGUCCCAAAGCUUAUUCCUAUGUCCCAUUUGGGGGAGGACCGAGAAUGUGCCUAGGUAAAGAGUAUGCCCGGGUGGAAAUACUCGUGUUCCUACACAACUUGGUGAAGGAUUUCAGGUGGAGUUUAAUUGUACCUGACGAGAAGAUCAUCUAUGAUCCAAUGCCCACUCCUGUCCAAGGCCUUCCGGUUAGGCUUCAACCUCACGAGUGCUGCGAUAAGACUGCAUAA